CGUCACGCGCAGUCCGUGAGAUGCAGAGAUCAGCGCAGCAGGGUUUGGAUACAACAGUCUGUCUAUAUUCCAUAGUUUCUACUAGACCGCAGGAAUUGUAGGAAAGCGGCUACUUUUCGAUAUAAGUGUUGCCUUCGAGUUGCUGUGGAAUUCGUCCUUCGUGCAGCCUAAGGGACUCAGUAACCUCACCUUUCUUGGUUGCCAUGGCAGCCAAGGCAUCCAAAGGGAAGUGGGAGGCCCUAAAGGAGCACCUGACCAGCAGCCCCCCGGACCCAGAUGCUCACCUGGAGGCCAACUUGGAGAAUGCAGAUCCAGAGCUAUGCAUACGACUGCUACAGGUACCCACGGUGGUCAACUACUCAGGGCUGCGGAGGCGUCUGGAGGGGAGUGACCAGGACUGGAUGGUGCAGUUCCUGGAGCUCAAUGGGCUGGAUCUGCUGAUGGAGGCCCUGGAGAGGUUGUCUGGCCGUGGGUGUGCCCGCAUCGCUGACGCCAUCCUCCAGCUCACCUGUGUGGCCUGUGUGAAGGCAGUGAUGAACUCCUUCGCUGGGCUGCACUUUAUACUGGACAAUGAGGGAUACGUCAGGACCCUGUCACAAGCACUGGACACGUCCAACACCAUGGUGAAGAUGCAGGUGUUUGAGCUGCUGGCAGCCCUCACCAUGUUCAACCCACAGGGACACCACCUGGUCAUGGAUGCCCUGGAUCACUAUAAAAGUGUGAAGAUCCACCAGUACCGCUUCAGCGUCAUCAUGAACGAGCUGCAUGCGACGGACAACGUGCCGUAUAUGGUCAUCCUCAUGAGUGUGGUCAACGUGAUCAUCUACAGGGUACAGGACCUGAGGAAGAGGGACAAACUACGCAAGGAGUUCAUCGGGCUACAAUUACUGGAUUUACUUCCAAAACUGAGGGAGACGGAUGAUGUGAACCUGAACAUCCAGUGUGAGACCUUUGAGGACACCAUGGCAUAUGAUGAUGCUGAGAUGGAGAGCAUGUACGGAGGUAUUGACAUGAGCAAUCACCAGGAAGUCUUCGCCACACUCUUCACCAAAGUGAGUAGCUCCCCUGCCUCGGUGCAGUUGCUGUCCAUCCUGCACGCUCUGUUGUUGUUGGGGCCGGAACACAGCGAGGUGUGGCUGGCCCUGGAGGCCCUGGCUGACCGUGCUACUAUGCUGGCACAGGAACCUGAAGUUGACUCCACUGAGCGCUUGAUGGAACGUCUGGUGUCCUCCAAGGGUCAGCAAUGGUCACCUAAGGUCAAGGUCAAGACCACAGACAGGGGCGUUCAGAUAGACCUGAGAGAAAGAUUGACCGAUCAUUUGGGUGUCCUCAUUAAAGGAUCUACCUCCCCUGUUGCCACUGCACCUCCCCCUCCUUCUCCUCCUCCACCCCCACCACUACAAGGCAUGGCAGCUUUCGGCACACCCCCACCCCAACCUCCACCCCCACCACUUCUUGGCUUGUCUGGGAUGCUGCCCCCUCCCCGGCCUCUCCCCGGUCUCCCUCCUACCCAACCUUCUCUACCAGGGAUGGGGCAUGGGGGUCCACCGCCUCCCCCACCCCUGCCUGGCAUGGGUCCCCCCCCACCACCACCCCUACCUGGCACAAUGGGUCCCUACCCACCACCACCACCCCUGCCUGGGAUGGGUCCCCCACCACCACCACCCCUGCCUGGGAUGGGUCCCCCACCACCACCACCCCUGCCUGGGAUGGGUCCCCCACCACCACCACCCCUGCCUGGGAUGGGUCCCCCACCACCACCACCCCUGCCUGGGAUGGGUCCCCCACCACCACCACCCCUGCCUGGGAUGGGUCCCCCACCACCACCACCACUGCCUGGUAUGGGCCCCCCACCUCCCCCUGGUGGCGGUGACAUGAUUAUGGCCCAGAGUGUGCAGACACUGGGCCGAUCCUACUAUGCCCCUCCACCCAAGGCGGGCCGCUGCCCCACACUACGCAUGAAGAAGCUCAACUGGCAGAAGCUGCCAUCCAGAGUGGUGACUGACAGUCACUCCAUGUGGACAUCGGUACAGUCAGAUUCUCUGGAGCCUGACUACUCCAGUAUUGAGGAGCUCUUCUGUCUGCCAGUGACUGAUUCAAAGGCCAAAGGCAGCGCCCCUGCGGUCAAACAGGAGCCCAAAGAGAUUUCUUUCAUCGAUGCCAAGAAAAAUCUUAACCUGAACAUAUUCUUAAAACAAUUCAGAUGCUCACAUGAGGACAUUGUGGCCAUGAUCCAAAAAGGGGACCGCUCCAAGUUCGAUGUGGAGGUGCUGAAACAGCUACAGAAGCUACAACCAGAGAAGCAUGAGAUGGAUAACCUCACAUCCUACCAAGGAGAGAGAAAGAAGUUAGCUGGUGUGGACCAGUUUUAUCUCCAGCUCCUAGCUGUUCCAUGCUACGCCCUGAGGAUCGAGUGCAUGUUGCUGUGUGAGGAGAUCAGCUCAGUGUUACAGAUGAUGCAACCUAAAGCUGAGCUGCUGGAUAAGGCAUGUGAGAGUCUGAGGGUGAGCACUCGACUGCCAAGCUUCUGCAAGCUCAUUCUGGACGUUGGAAACUUCCUUAACUACGGGAGCCACACGGGGAACGCUGAGGGCUUCAAGAUCGGAACCCUGCUGAAGCUCACUGAGACCAAGGCCAAUAAAAGUCGCAUUACGCUGCUCCACCACAUCCUACAGGAUGCUGAGCAGAACCAUGAUGACCUGUUGAACCUUCCAGAUGAUUUAGAGAUCUGUGAAAAGGCUGCUGGUGUGAAUCUGGAGUCUAUCCAGACAGAGGUGAGCUCGCUCAUCAAGCGGUUGACAGAUUCAGAGAAGAAGGUGGCUUCCUCUUCUGUGGAGGACAUCAAGGAGCAGUAUCUAACUGCAAUGCAGGGAAGCCUGGAGGCCUGCAGGGAGCUGGAGGAGAGGUUUUUCUCCAUUGACAGGAAGAAGGAGGACCUGGCACUGUAUCUGUGUGAGGACUCAUCUCGUCUCUCUCUGGAGGAGCUGUUCAGCACUAUAAAGACCUUCAGGGGACUCUUCAUCAAAGCUCUCAAGGACAAUCAGACCCGCCGAGAGCAAGCCAUCAAGGCAGAGAAGAGGAAGAAACAGCAGGAGGAGGAGGAUUCCAAGCGACCAAGAGGGGAUAACGGGAAAAUAAUUCGUAAAGCCCCCCCGGUCCAGGAAGAGGGCUGCAUAAUCGACCACCUGCUGUCUGACAUCAGGAAGGGCUAUGCACUGAGGAAGACCAGGCCCCAGGCCGACAGGACAAGCCUGCCCUCUGCAGGCAAGAAAAGGGACAGCAGUCUGUCGGAGCAGGGCACACAGCCUGAGGGAUUGUCUGCUAUAGAUGCUAAAGAUGGAGAUGAAGUUGAAAAGGUGACAUCACCCAAUGACCAAAGACAACAAGACAGAGAUUCAGUCGUAGGGGAGUCCUCAUCCGGCCUCCCCACACACCCCUCACUCAUAUCACGUUCAGCCGAAACCUUAGGCCCCUCAGACCUCCAUACCACCACCACCAAGGACCAGGGAACCUGUGAUCACACACAGAGUGAGGACCUCAAACCUGGGGUGGAUUCCUUGGCUGACCGCCUGGUCGAGGAGGAGUCCCCAGAGGUGGAGAGGGUUAAGGCUGAUGAUUCAGAGGUUGAGGAUGUGAACAGGAAGGCAUUCUCAGCUGGUGGGGAUGGUCCAAAGAGCGGAGACACAGAGAUAGAUGGGAACCAGGAAAGUGGGGCUGAUGGAAAGGGGUUAGAGGAGAGUCAAUCAUCAGAGUCCCCCUCAAACACAGCUGCUGGUGACGCAGAGCCCAAACAACAGGCACAGAAACGGGGGGAUACUAAGAGACAUAGCGAAGGCUUUUCAGAAUCCCAGAAACACCAUCCACUAAUCCUGCAUGGAUCUAACCAAGUCAUUGGUGGGGUGGCAGGUAGCCUAGUGGUUAGAGCUCUGGACUUGUAACCGAAAGGUUGCAAGAUCAAAUCCCUGAGCUGACAAGGUAAACAUCUGUUGUUCUGACCCUGAACAAGCAGGUAACCCACUGUUCCUAGGCCAUCAUUGAAAAUAAGAAUUUGUUCUUAACUGACUUAGUUAGUUUAGCCUAGUUAAAAAAAAAAGUUUUAAAAUUGGUGAUUUAAGGGUCCUGUUUCACUGGUUUCCUUUCAAUUCUAUGUCUUGUCCAUCCUGCAUAUCCCUCCCCUUUCCUCAGUGACCUUUCAUACGCCACUUGCAGUUACUGUUCCUGCUUCAACUCUCUUCCAUGUCUGGGGGGUAUGUGGUGUUUUUAGCCUGGCUGGUUGGUGCUUUAUGGAUGACUCGCAGGGGGUUUUUGUUGGUGUAUAUUGUCUGUCAGCUAGCACUGGGUGGUUGGAGAUUUGUAGGCUUGCCAUCAUUGGAUCCCCCCAGUACCCAAGGUGACCUUAUGAUGGGAGAUGUGAUACACCUCGCGCCUGGCGGAACGCAUACCGACCUACUGAACACUGCAGGACCUCAGCCGAACUGCCUGUUCUCCCUACCAACAACCACCACCACACACAAACACAUGCACGUGCACACACACACACAGAGUAAAUCAUUGAGUUAGAUCAGAUCUGGGCCAGUGGUUUUGUGGGUCAUUUCUAGGUUGUUAUUGAUCCACUCGGUUUGAGCAACAUUUUGUGUAUUUUACAUGUAGUGUCUAACAAGGAACAGGCCUCUAUAAAAAUGACGUUGCAUUUGACGUAAAAACAACCCACUGGGCACAGACGUCAUCUAUUCCACAUUGGUUCAAUGUAAUUUCAUUGAAAUGGCGUGGAAACAACAAUGAUUCAACCAGUGUGAGCCCCGUGGGAAUUUACUACUGCAAACUAAUCCUUUUUACCAGAUUUUCCCCCAUUUGUUGUUUCUUUUAUGAAUUUUUGCCCCCAUUUUUAUUUUAUUUUAUAAAUGAACAUGUCAGGGAAGCAGUUUGUUGUCAAUGUGCUGUAAAUCUUUGUCACUCUGCUAAGGGAUGUUAAAAUCACAGUUGUCCCCUGAAGAUGACAUUUGGGGUCUAUGGGUCUAUUAUCUUCUAACCACCAGUGUGCAGUCUGGAGAGAGGGGCUGCUAUGGGUCUGACACUCAAUACACUUUCCUUGUUAUGUAAACACUCGAGGCAGAAGUUGCCCUUAUUCACAGAUUACCAUUUAUCGUUAGGGCAAUUCAAAUAUCUGACCCUAGAUCAGUUGUUAGGGGACAAUUCUACAUACUUCACCUGAACGUACACAGCUUCACUAAAAUCCCACAACGUCAAGCUUAAGCUAUAUUUGUGUCCUUGUCUCCAUUGUUUGGAGGUGCUUCCUUUCCAUGCGCUCUCAUCUUGUUGAUUUACUUUACUUAUUCCUUUCAGCUCCUAGUGUAGCAACGGGUCUCAAUGGUCUAUCCUCUUGUAUUCUGGGUGAAAUUAAAUUAGCUAUAGCUGUGUGGUUGGUAUAUGCAACAUCACUGAUUCUAUCUUGUAUCUCUAUUUCUAGGUGGACGCAAGAAGAAGGACAAGGCCAAAGGCAAAAAGAAACCAUGAAUGUUGACGCCAUUUUCCAGUGCUCCACCCGUCUGCCAAACAAAUACUAUGGUAUACAUUAUACUGUACUUACAAAUAUCUAUAUCAGCCAUGCAUGUUUUCCCCACUUUUUUCAAAGGAUUACCUAACGAACCUAGGUGAUGCUUGUUUUUCAAAAUGGAGACUUCCUUAUUGCACCCCCUAUAGUGGGGUCUUUGUAUUAUUUACUAUGUCAAUAACAGGAUUUGGCAAUGAUAUGACAGGAACUGCUUUGCAACCAGCCCCAGGAAGUAUGGAUGAUGAUGAUGAUGAUGGGAUCAUUUGCAUGUUACAAUUUCAUCAUGGACAUUCAAUGUAUUUGACACAAUUUCAUUGAAAUAUUAUACAUUAUUUGACGAAAAUCAACAUGUCUAUGUAUAGAAUGUUUCAAUUUGAUACUGAGAGAAAUGUUUACAGUAGGUCUACAUGUUAUGUUUACUUGUUGAUACAGACUCUCGUUUAAUUUGGCAAAUAGAGGGCCCCUCAUUUAAUUUGGCAAAUAGAGGGCCCCUCAUUUAAUUUGGCAAAUAGAGGGCCUCUUGCCUACAGCCAAGCGUUGGUGUAAUGACUGUAAUGAAUAUUGGUUCAUGAUCAGUUAGCCAUUAAAUAUUGACAAGGUAACAGCAUAGAUAGACCAUAAUAAUAAACUCACCUGUUUUUCCAGACACAACAAUGUUAUAGUGAUAAUUUGCUAUAGUCUCUUUUUUAACAGUAACAGUUAUUGUUUCUUAUUGCACUCUGCAUUAACAAUGUCAUUUAAAAAAAGCUCCGCUAAUCAGGGAUUUAGUAGGCUAUAAAAAAUACUCUACAUACAAUAAAAUAAUCUGAUACACUC